AUGACGGCUACACCUGCGGUGACUACAUUUACCGAUACGGCGGGCGACCACGUACUAGGAGUCGUGGUGAUAUUGCUGUCUCCAGACCUCGCAGGUCGUAUGAAUGAGUUCAUCCAUCGACGCACAGAGUGCCCGGCGGGCCACAAUUUCGGGCAGGUCUUGGGUUCGAACUCGAAGUUCCGGGCGCGCGCUGACGGUCUUGGGGCCGCGAUCUGCGGCGUCCAAGGCAUUGUCGCCAACGCAGCGCCAGGAACCGCCUUUGUGGACUUUCUCGUCGUCCGCCCGGGGGCGCUUCAAUGGAACGAGGCGGAUGUUAUCCGCGCAAUGAAUGUCGCCGUGCAGUUUACGCGGCGAUUACGCGCCAGCCCUACAGCUCGACCCGGAGAUGGCUGCCACGUUCGCCCUGGCCUGGGAAGGUUAACCAAGCAUCAAGUACUAGUAACAACUGGUGACUUUGGCUAA